GCUGUGCUGCUUGCCCAGGCUCAGGCAUCCCCCAGAGGCGGCUCAGGCGGCAUCCGUUGGCUGGCUGGAGUUUAAAAUUUCUAUUAGUAUUUUCUAGAUACUGUUUAUCGGGCACUUAUUGGUAUUGGUAUUUUUUGUUGUUGCCGCUCAAAAAGCGCAAAGGCUUAAAUUUCGUUUUUCUGCAUUGGCAUUUUUUUAUAUAAACAAAUUCGUUUUAUGUAAUAGUUCGCUCAGUUGCUCAUCCAUCCGGGGGUUCGGUUUGUUUUUGUUCUGUCCUCUCAAAUAAAGAAAAAAUGAAGGAAAAAACUUUGAAUACUGAAAGGACUCCAUCUCUGGAGACCGUUGAGCGCAAAAAGGAAGCUGCUGACUGCGCCGAGUCUGGCCAGUGCCUGGCCGAAAAUCUCAAGCAGCGGGAGGCGAUAGAAGCGCUGGAGGAGCACAAGGCAAGGGUGGGCAGGCGGCUGGAGGCCACAAAACGCUGGACAGGAGACGCUCACAAAGAUGAAAUCGCCAAGCCCUUGCGUGGAAUGUACACUCCUUAUCCGCAGUCCACGUCCUCCUCCUCGCUUUUGAGUCAGAAAGAAGCCGCCGCCAAAAAGGCAGCAGCACGCCAAGGAAAGUCUGCUGCUGCGCGGAGGCUCGUUCCAGCGAGGAUAGCGAUGCCGACUAUCCCUCCAGCAUACCGUAUGAUAGACUCUGCUCUCCGUCUCCGUCGCCCUUCCUCAAACGGAAGGCGGCCACACGCACGGACUGGAAGCCAGUGCCCAAGACUCCUCGUGCUAAGGAGGGAGCUGCCGUCAUGAUUCCAUUGGGUGGGGACGUGGGGACAUUCACCAGUGAGGACUAUUCCGACGUAUGCUUCUCCUCUUCCUCCUCCUCCUCGUCCGCCACCACCACUUCGUGCUCCUCCACUUCCUCCUGCAGUGAGGUUAGCUUUUCGGACUCAUCCAGCGAGGAUACCGAUACCACUACCGACUCGCCCAAGACGCCUGCAGGUGCUGCAGGUGGUGCAUCGCAGGCAGCGACUGCUUCGAUUGCUGGCUGGCCAAAGUACAGCCGCUACGAACAGGAGAAAUUCCUCCAACCGCUGGCCACUCAAACGGACUUUGUGAUCAAUACGCUGGGCAGUCACUUUCCCAAGGGACCCUAUCGCCUCCAGAGCUUGGAUCAGCUGCAUCCCACGGAACUGGCCAUUAUGCGCUUGCCCAUCAUAGUGGUGCCAGCAGACCCCAAUGGUCUGAUCACUUUGAAUAAUAUCAGGGAUAUGCUAAUGGAUCUGAAGUUCAAGAAGCCGCAGCCAAAAGAGCAGCAGCUGCCCUGGGGUCCGGUAGAGGAGCGUCCCCAGCAGGUCAUUAUAGAGCGCUGGUUUGCGGGUGGCAUCAAUAGAAAAUAUAGAAUCAUCGAUAAUGUCAGCAAAUUGUCGUGCGAUGAGUGGCGUCGCAUUGUGGCCGUGUUUGCUUGCGGUCCCAUCGAACAGUUCAAGAACUGGUGGCCCUGGAAGGGUAAUCCCAAGUUUAUCUUCCUCAAUGUGUGCGCCUUUCACAUGUACUUGAAGGGCACACCCGUGCACCAGGAUCUCGUCAAGCUGUUGGAAACGAAGGAAGUCAAUCCCCUCGAAAUGAAUCUCGCAGAGCCGUACACACACAGCGGCACACUGCUUUCAUUUUGGGGCACGCUGGACAAGUUUGUCCACAGCAAUGGCAGAUUUCGCUUCCUCUUGGAGGAUUAUUAUCCAGCCAACGAAUACUAGCGGCAGCCAGUAAAAGAAACAAGCCACCAAUCUAUCAAAAAGAGUUCAAUAAAUU